AUUUAUCAUCUAAAUGAGAACACACUCUUACAUAAAAGUGAAAAAGAAAUAAAGCAAAAAACAACAAAAAAAAAAAAGAGAGAAUGAAAGGAGCGUAGUAGAAUAAAGCAAAAGUGAAGGUCUUUCUCAUACACGGAUCCCCAUAGAAUGAAGGCCUAGCAUUGCUUGCUGGAAUACAUUCUUUUUGUUUAGUUUAAAGGAACUUCCUUUGUUCCCUAUACAUACACACACACACCCUUAUAUUGUUAUAUACAAAAACCAAACAUAGUUUAUAGUUUAUAUACAUGUUUUCUUAAACUCAGUUUUGCAACCAAAACAAAAUUGUACUAAAUAGUUCUAAGUAAUUGAGACUAGAUAUGGUAUGAUUAGUAUAUGAUUGUGUUGCAUUUUGUUAUCUUGUGAGAGAGAGAAAAAAAUGAAGAGAAUGGAGAAUAAUGAUGAUGCUGUUGUUGACAUUAACAAUGAAAAUAACUGGUUGGGUUUUUCUUUGUCACCUCAAAUGAAUAAUGUUGGUGUUCCUUCACAUACUCAUCAUUCACAAUCUUCUGCUUCUGAUGUUUCUGAGGUUGUUCCAUUUCCUUCAAGCUUUUACCAUUCUGCCCCUCUUGGUAACUAUUGUUUCUCUUAUGGACUUGAACAUGAAAAUGUUGGUUUGUAUUCAUUGCUUCCCAUUAUGCCCCUCAAAUCUGAUGGAUCUCUCUAUGAAAUGGAGCAUCAUCUUAGCAAGUCACAGACACAAGCAAUGGUAACUACUUCAGCACCAAAACUAGAGAAUUUCUUAGGUAGUGAAGCUAUGGGGACCCAACAUUAUGCAUGUAGUAGUACUACUGUCACAGAAACAAUGCCUUUGAGCUUAGACAGCAUGUUCCAAAACCAAGUUCAAAACAUGAACAACCAACAACAACAACAACAACAACAACAGCAACAAUUUUCAUCAUAUUACUCAACUUUGAGGAACCAUGAGAUGAUGUUAGAAGGGUCAAAGCAAAGUCAAACUUCAACUGGAAAUUUUCAUGUUUCAAACAUGGGUGAGGAUCAUAGACUUGGUGGUUUAAAGAAUUGGGUUUUGAGGAAUUAUCCGGCUAGUCAUGGACUUGAUCAGUCGAAGAUGAUUGUUCCGGUUGGUGCGGAGGAUAAUGAAGGUGAAUCGGGUUCUAAUAUCGGUUCAAUGGCUUAUGGUGACUUGCAUUCUUUGAGCUUGUCGAUGAGCCCGAGCUCGCAGUCUAGCUGUGUUACAACUUCACAUGUUGUUGUUGAAAAUUCUGUUGCAAUGGAUACAAAGAAAAGAGGAAGUGAAAAGUUUGAGCAAAAGCAAAUUGUUCAUAGAAAAUCUAUUGAUACUUUUGGUCAAAGAACAUCUCAAUAUAGAGGUGUAACAAGGCAUCGAUGGACCGGGAGAUAUGAAGCUCAUCUAUGGGACAAUAGUUGCAAGAAAGAAGGCCAAAGCCGAAAAGGAAGACAAGUUUAUCUUGGUGGUUAUGAUAUGGAAGAAAAAGCUGCUAGAGCUUAUGAUCAAGCAGCACUCAAGUAUUGGGGACCAUCCACUCACAUAAACUUCCCUUUGGAAGAUUAUCAAAAUCAACUUGAGGAAAUGAAGAACAUGACAAGACAAGAAUAUGUUGCUCAUUUAAGAAGAAAAAGCAGUGGCUUCUCAAGAGGUGCUUCUAUGUAUAGAGGAGUAACAAGACACCAUCAACAUGGAAGAUGGCAAGCUAGAAUUGGUAGGGUGGCUGGUAACAAAGAUCUAUAUCUUGGAACCUUCAGUACUCAAGAGGAAGCGGCUGAGGCCUACGACAUAGCUGCGAUAAAAUUCAGAGGAGCUAAUGCAGUAACCAACUUCGAUAUAAUAAAAUAUGAUGUUGAAAAGAUCAUGGCAAGUAGUAACCUUCUAAGCAUUGAACUAGCUAGAAGGAACAAAGAGGUAGUAGAUAUUACUACAACUCAAUACAUUGAUCCUCUCAACAACACUACUCAAGAAGCCAUGCAGAAGAAUAUGAUUCUGUAUCAAUCCUCUCAACAACAACAACAGCUUCAACAGAAUCAACCAAGAAUCGAGAACGAAAGGACUCAUCAAUCAUUUUCCUCGGUGUCUUUGGAUAACAUGUUUCAUCAAGAAGUAGCCGAUGAAGCAAACAAGAUGAGAACACAUUUGUCGAAUGCUUCUUCGUUGGCCACGAGCUUGAGUAGCUCAAGAGAAGGUAGCCCUGAUAGGUCAAGCUUGCAGAAUCUCUCAGGAAUGCCUUCAACAUCAUCAAAACUAUUGGUUACUACUGCUUCAAAUAGUAAUAUGAAUUCUUGGGACCCUUCUCAACAUCAUCUUAGGCCUGCUCUUUCUUUGCCUCAGAUGCCAGUUUUUGCUGCUUGGACUGAUGCAUAGUCCCUUUCGAUUUUUUGUUUUGUUGCAUGGAGGAACAGUAUGAAUCAAAUUAGGAUGGUUGGAGCUAGUUGAAUUGUUUAAACUUUUUUGAUAUAGAAAAGUUUAGAUAAGUUAAUUUUCA